AUGCUGGAUCUUCUCAGAGAAUCGCCAAUUGGCCAGGCUCUGCGCCUGAUUGAAACAAGAUUCUUUAAUACCCAAAAAGAGAAACAGGGCUUUCAGCCGCCAGAGGGAUACAUCACUCAGUUGAAGCCAAGAGAAAAUUUCAUUCAGCACUACUCAACAAUAUCCAGCGUUCAUACCGCCCCAUUCAGCAACGAGCAGUUACACGCAGAAAGAGAACUCGAACUGCAGCGCACCAGAUCUAUUGCCAUUAGCCCCCAAAAGGCAUCUGAUGGUAUCCCUGUCGACUGGUAUACGACUGAUGAUCCAACCAACCCUCGAAAAUGGUCCCGUGCCAAACGAGAAUUUGUUCUCUUCAUCCUUUGCCCCAUUUAUGCCGCUGCGGAAGAGGAGAUCCAGCAGCAAUUUGGUGUCAUUCCUGUUGCUUCAACUCUGGGUCUUGGACUGUACGUCCUCGCCUUUGGCAUCGGAGACCUCCCUUUCUCGCCAUUGUCUGAACUCCCGAGCAUUGGGCGAAGCCAGGUUUAUGUCCUGACAUACAUUGUGUAUUGGAUUCUAUCCUUUCCUGAGACUGUUGUUGAUGGCUUUGGUGGGCUCUUGACGUUGCGAUUUUGGGUUGUCUUCUUCAGUAACCCAGCUUUAGCAAAUGGCGGUGCAACUGUGGGAGACAUGUUCUCCCUCGUGUACAUUCCAUUCGGACUUUUCUGGUGGGUGUUCUCCGCAUGGGCUGGUCCUGCAAUUGGACUUGUGAUACUGACCGGCAAUUCAAGGCUCCAGUCUCAAAGCGAGAUUGAUCAGCACCACAUGAGCACAUCCGCAGUUGUCUUCGACGCGUUCGUCAGGCCCCUGGAACUCAUGAUGAAGGACCCGUCUAUCUUCUUCGUCGAUCCCAUGUAUGGAAUUAACUUUGGAGAGACUGGCCUUACGUUUUUGUCUUGUCUCGUUGGCGUUAUUGAUAGCCUUGCUGCCUAUUUCGCUUAUAUACAGUUCUACAUAAUACCUGACAACAUUAACCGUGGGUUGCGGGAACAGGAAUAUGGACUUGUAUCGGCUAUUAUCGGCUCAUUCUUGUGGCCCAUCAGUAUGGCCGUUAUCUUUGCAAUGCCCCUCUUCAUCAAAUUGGGCGUUGAUAAAGGUUCAACGCUUCUCGCUGGAUUAAGUGUCACCGAUAUCUUUGGAACAACAGCGAUUUACAUAUUCGGCAAGAUACUGCGAGCCAAGUAG